GCUGCAGAACGCAGGUCCACUCUCGAAGAUCAUACCUCAACUCAAUUAUCGACCAUGGCUAGCAUACCGCCAGAACCAAGCACCGAAGACUCCAGUGCUGCGCUCUCGCAGUCACUAUGGGCCGACAAGUACCGCGGGGCCACGAUUGAAGACCUUGAUCCUCCUCCGGCGCUGUCCGUGAAACCCUCAGACCCGAUCUCACAUGCCUUGAUGAGCGCCUUCGAACGAGACUACACCCACCUUACCGUUGUGUCGCAAGAGAACCGCGCCCUGCUCGGAUACCUGAGCAUCCCGCGGCUAAAGGAGUUACUGAAGGAGGGAAAGGUCAAGGAGAGUGACCCGGUGGAGCAGGCAAUGUUGAAGUUCAGGCGCAAAGGCAAAGUCUACAAGGUCAUCACGAUGGACACCCCGCUGGAAGAGCUGGAGGCAUUCUUCAACGGCGGAGUCAACGGCAGCGGAGUGCAAGACUUUGCAGUGGUCACGGAUGGCAACAGGAGGUUUGUCCUAGGCGUUGCGACCAAAUCGGACCUGGCCACGUUUGUCCAGCGCCGGCCUGCAUGAUGGGAUUGAGGGGAUCCGUGGAAUGAGGGUUGAGCAUCAUGGCUUCGGCGUUUGGGCGUCUUUGGUGUAUUCUAUGCAAACUUCACGAC